AUGCCUAAAAUAUCAUCACCAAAAUAUUCUCAAUCAAUGAAACAAAAAUAUGCCAAAUUAGGGUACCAAUACAUAGUGAACAACAUUUUAACUUUCUUGUUAUUACCCUUUAUGCUUACUAUUCUUAUUCUAAUUCUUCAACUAAGUCCAAAUGAAGUCCUCAGUUUUUAUAACUCUAUUUCCUUCACAUCUCUUCCCUCCAUUUGUUCAUUAUUCGUCAUCAUUUAUGUAUCAACAUAUUACUUCAUGUCGCGUCCAAGAACUAUAUACUUAGUGGAUUAUGCAUGUUUUCGCCCUCCUAAUAUGUUUCGAGCCCCCUCUGCUUCUUUUGUGGAACAUGCACAACUCAUUUUACCCACCGAGCCUAAGAGCGUUCGUUUCCAAAUGAAAAUGCUUGAACGCUCUGGGCUCGGUGAAGAAACCGCUCUACCACCAGCCAUCCAUUAUAUUCCACCAACACCAACUAUGGUUUUGGCUAGAGAGGAAGCUGAGCUUGUUAUUUUUUCUAUCAUGGAUUCACUUUUGGAAAAAACAAGAUUAAACCCUAAAUUUAUUGAUAUUCUUAUUGUAAAUUGUAGCCUUUUUUCGCCAACUCCUUCCCUUUCAGCUAUGUUGAUUAAUAAGUAUAAGCUCAGGAGUAAUAUAAAGAGUUUUAAUUUAUCUGGAAUGGGAUGCAGUGCAGGACUCAUAUCCAUUGAUUUAGCUCGUGAUCUUCUUCAACAUUACCCUAAUUCAAACGCUGUGGUCAUUAGCACUGAGAUUAUCACCCCGAAUAGCUAUCUAGGUAAGGAGAGAUCAAUGUUGCUACCUAAUUGCUUGUUCAGAAUGGGAGGAGCUGCCAUUUUUUUAUCUAACAGAAAAUCAGAUCAAAGGAGGGCAAAAUACCGUUUAGUACAUGUUGUAAGAACACAUAAAGGAGCAGAUGAUAAAUCAUUUAGAUGUGUACAACAACAAGAAGAUCCAGAAGGAAAAGUUGGUAUAAAUUUGUGUAUAGAUUUAAUGCAAGUUGCAGGAGAAGCAUUGAAGUCUAAUAUUACUACAAUUGGACCCCUUGUUCUGCCUGCUUCAGAGCAACUUCUCUUCCUUCUGACAUUCAUUCGUCGAAAAAUUUUCAAGAAAAAUUCGAAACCAUACGUUCCGGACUUUAAACUAGCGUUUGAGCAUUUCUGCAUACACGCGGGAGGAAGGGCGGUGAUAGAUGAGCUGCAGAAAAGCCUGCAGCUAUCGGCGGAGCACGUGGAGGCAUCAAGGAUGACGUUGUAUCGAUUCGGGAACACGUCAUCGUCGUCGCUAUGGUAUGAGAUGAGUUACAUUGAGGCAAAGGGGAGAAUGAAGAAAGGUGACAGGAUUUGGCAAAUUGCAUUUGGAAGUGGAUUCAAGUGUAACAGUGCGGUUUGGAAGUGUAAUAGAACAAUCAAAACCCCAGUAACUCAUAGUCCAUGGGCUGAUUGUAUUGACAGAUAUCCUGUUGAUAUUCCAGAUGUUGUUAAGCUCUAGUCUUUAAACUUUAAUCAAUGUAUUAAGUUAAUUAAUUCCCUCUUUUCUUCCCUCUACCAAAAAUGAAAAUGGAGAAGGAGAAGAGACGAUGGAAUUGAGGAAUUUUCAGUGUGUUUUCUUUGCAUGCAAUAUGUCGUUUUCCUUUAUUUUUAUUAGUCUGUAAAAUUAUAUGUUACAAAGGAGAGUGUGUGUUUUUCAUGAAUGUGAAAUAAUGUUGUGGCAA